ACUAUAGUGGCGAAAGGGCCGCAUGUUAAAAGAGCUCUCAAAUACAGGAGCGGCCUGGUACAGGGACGCGUCCUGUUGUACAGAAGAGGACAAAGUGGCCUCACAAGUAGCACGCGAAACUAAAGCAGGAAGUUAAAGCGGACAAAGCGGCCGCGUACCAAGAGCAAAGUCUCUGGGGUUAGACUACAAGUCAGAGGAAGUAACAAGUAGCAAGUGAAGAACCGCACAACAACAGGGCAUUCUAUUAGCAGGAAACCAAGUAAAGAAUGGAUCGACGAAAAAAUGGUGGAAGACCAAAAGAAGAAGGAGAAGUGCAGCGAGGAAGGCUGCUACAAUCCUACGGCGCCAGCAGGCAGAUGCUAGCGAAGUAGGUUUCAAGACGAAAAUCAGCGUUGCGAACUGGUUCGGCGUCUUGUGUAAAAAGACAAACUUAGCUCCCAAAGAAUCUCAAGAUGAAGAUCGAGAAACUAGAAGUUGGAUGUUGGAACGUUAGAUCGAUACAUAACACGGCGAAGGCGCACGAGAGUGAAGUCAAACUCAAGUCGAUCCUGCUACAGCUAGAGGCCGAGUGCAUUCAGCUAGCUGCACUCACGGAAACAAACAAGCCCAAGACAUGCGAGGAACAAGUAGGAGGCUGGACAUUAUACCACGCUGGGGGGAAAGGGCGAACAGGUGCGUCGUGGGCUAUACGCAACGAGAUAAAACACUUGGUGGCUGACUGGAAGGCGUUGAGCGGGCGGGCAUGCAUCCUAGACCUGAAGGCACCAGCCGGGGGGAGGCCACUAAGAUGCAUCAGCGUAUACGCGCCCACAGCAGUAGACGAGAACGCCAACAAGACAGAGGCCUUCUACUCGGACAUCAGAGGAGCUCUCAGAGGGACAACGAGGUCGAUGGUACUAGGAGACUUCAACGCAAGACUACCGCUAGGACCAAGCGAAUGCACCGGGCGGCACGGGAGGGCUGUUAACCAGAGGGCCAACAAGAACACAGAGUCCCUAAGGAGCUUCGCCUGUGAGGUCGGACUACAGUCAAUGGCAAGCUACUUCAGACACGGGCACCACGGUUACGGAACAUGGGCGCACCCAGACACAACAAAGGGAGCAGCAAGGUGGCAGCAGAUAGACCACUGCUUGUGCAGCGUAAACCUGAAAGCCACGAAACAGGAUUGCAGGGUAGUGCACACAGACAAACGCUUCUCGGACCACAAGAUGGUGAAGCUAACACUGAGGACAGACGCUUUUGGGUGGUACGGGAGGAGGAAGAAGAAGCACCCAACCGUAAGGGUACCAAGGCCAGGCCGGGAAACGCCGGACCAGAGGAGAGCCUACAACGAAGCCGUAGAGGGGACAAAAGGAGACAUACAGGAGGCAAUGCGAAAGGCAGCCCAGAAGGUCUUUGGAGAAGAGAAGCAGGAGAAACCGUGGAUCACGCAGGAGUUCAGGGAUGUCUGGCUCGAGCGGCAGGCACAGCUCCGAGCAGGGGACAAGGAGGAGGCCAAAAGGCUGCUAAAGCUGCUGUCAUGGAUAGAAAGAAGGGAUGAGGAGAAGUGGCUAGAAAUGACUUGCGCAGAGGCUGACGAGUAUUAUGCGAAGAGUGGACUAGCGCCGGCAUUGGGCAGAGUAAGCAGGUACUACGGCAGAAGGCCCGCGCAGAGGGUAAGAAGGGUGACAACUGAGCCGCUGGCAUAUAGCGGGAAGACCGAGCACACAGCCAAGGGCAAGGCGGAGCUUCACAGAGCUUUCUACGAAACAGUCUUUACAGGGCAGGAGCCAUCCUCGUAUCCAGCGGAGACAGCCACCGAGGGCAGAGGGGGCCUCAGGGGUGUCAGCAGCACUGUCACAGACAGGGAGAUAGAGGACGCGGUGAGGAGGUUGAGGCUAGGGAAGGCGAGCGGCACCGACGAGCUUACCGUGGAGCAUCUCCUUCUGCUAGAAGGAACAAACAGAAAGAGGCUCCUAGCAGCAGUAAGGAGGAGAUGGGAAGGUGCGGAGCUCAGCCCACACGAGAUAGAAUCAUUAGUAACAGUGCUUCCAAAGCGGGGAAAGGACCAGAGCAAGGCAGAGGGGUGGCGGCCCAUAUCGCUACUAAACGUUCUAGCAAAGGUACACGCGCAGUUGGUUCACAGCAAGAUCUCGAGAGCUAUAGACAGCAUUCUCGGGGAGGAGCAGGCGGGAUUCAGGAGGUACAGGAGGGCCGUCGACAAUACACUGGCGCUAAAGAUACUAGCACAGAACGAGAGGAAGGCAGGGAGACCGCUCUUCUUGUUGUUCAUCGACCUGCGGCAGGCCUUUGACAAGGUACCUCGCACACUGAUACAGCGCGCCUUCGAGUACUACGGUCUACCUGAGGAGAUGCAGGCUAAGUUCUGGGCGCUAUACAGGGGACAUCUGUUCCAGGUGAAGCGAGACGGCGCGAGAAGCAGGCCAACAGAGACAACAACAGGAACCAAGCAGGGCUGCCUACUGUCGCCUACCAUCUUCAGCCUGGUCGUGCGAUACGUACUCCUACACACAAAGCAGACAGGGGGGCUAAGGCUGGGACAGCAGAGGAUCACGAGGAGUGACAGCAUAGCGAUGAACCAAACAGAUGGGAACGAGCUCAAGAGGCUCCUAUACGCCGACGAUAUAGUCAGCUUCGCAGAGAGCUGGCAGGAGCUACUCGAGGCAGUGGGAGACAUAAGGCAGACCUUCACAGCGUUCGGGUUGCAGGUAAACGAGGGAAAGACAAAGUUCCUAGUAGUGAACGCUGAGGGACAGCCAGAGACCUUCCCUGAGGCGAUCGGCUUGAUCGAGAGGGUCAGGGAAUUCGAGUACCUGGGUACGAUCAUCACAGAGGAGGCCGACGAUGAGAGGGACAUAGAGGUGAGAAUAAACAAGGCACAAAGGAAGACAGGGGAGCUGGGCCGCAUACUCUGUAGCAGUAGAGUUCGGCCGCAGCUGAAGGUGAAGGUUCUCAACUCGUUUGUCUACCCGGUCUUAGCCUGGGGGGCGGAGACUUGGGCUCCGACACAGAGGCAGGAGGACGCGUUGGACACCUUCUGGAACAAGAAGCUGCGUCAGUGCCUAGGUAUAACGAAGAGGGACAGGUGGACAACAAAGGAAGUACUAGCGAGCCUAGACCAGAGGAGGCUCUCAGAAAGACUACAGUCCGCACGUCUGAAGUACCUGGGUCACGUCGUACGCUACCCAGAGGGGCGCUGGGUGAGGAGACUGAUAGGGGCCACAGACGCUGGGAGGCCAGCGAAGACCAACAGAAAGGGAAGACCGAGGGAAACGUGGAGGGAUAGGGUAUCCAAGGAACUAGUGGCUAGAUUUGCCACAAUGGAUGACUGCCUAGAAAGAGAGCGAUGGAAGAUCAUAGCUGAAGGAAAGGCAAACGACCCCCCCCCCUCCUCCACCAUCGACAACUUCAGCGCAGCACUUCUUCUUCUCAAAUCCUUCUCCCACAGGAUCCACCUCAACCUCAACUAGCACUAGAACUAGAAUGUCAGCGCCAGCACCAACGGCAACAGCUUCAACUUCAUCAUCAUCAUCUCCAACAACAGGACACAACUGGCGAAAUAGUAGAAAUGGAAGCAAAUAGCGAGCAAGUAGAAGCGCCGCAUCCACAUAGCCAACUUUUUCAACACAACAGUUUCAACAUCAG